UACACGUCGCUAGCAGGUGCACAACGCACGGAAAUCACAAUUACAAGUCGAAAGAUGGCAUAGCAUAUGGUGUGCGUAAUUUUUCCACCGACAGAGGACACGUCCGCAGAAAACCGUAACCCUGCGCUUUAACGAGGAUAAUGUUACGAGCAAACACCAACUGCUGACCUCCUUUCUCCUGAGUGACUUCAGUGCUAGCAUCUAGAACAAGUAUCUCACUGUGCUGCCAACAUGUCUGGGACCUACACACCGGCCCCUGGUGGUCCUUUCUCUGCUCUGACUCCGAGCAUGUGGCCCCAGGACAUUUUGGCCAAGUACCAUCAAAAAGACCCAGCUGAACAGCCUGAAGUCCAGUAUGAUGAAUUUGGCUUCAGAGUCGACCCUGAAGAUGAUGGGAAAGUCAGAUCCUGGCUGGGCACUGAAGGUUCACCCCAGCGUGAAGACCCCCAGCAGCGACUGCGCUGGCAGGCCCACCUGGAGUUCACUCACAACCACACAGUAGGCGACCUGACCUGGGAGCUCAUUGAUCCAGUUCUUCCUCGCUCAGAGCGUCUGCGCUCCCUGGUGUUAGGGGGCAUUCCUCACAGCAUGAGGCCACAGCUCUGGAUGCGUCUGUCAGGGGCGCUGCAGAAGAAGAGGACCUCUGAGAUCUCCUACAAAGAAAUCAUCAAGAACAGUUCAAAUGAUGACAACUCCACAGCAAAACAGAUAGAGAAGGACUUGUUAAGGACGAUGCCGACCAACGCCUGCUUCAGUAAUCUGACCAGUGUUGGGGUGCCGAGGCUGAGACGGGUACUGAGAGGUCUGGCGUGGCUCUACCCAGACAUUGGGUACUGUCAGGGCACUGGGAUGGUGGUUUCCUGUCUGCUGCUCUUUCUGGAGGAGGAGGAUGUGUUAUGGAUGAUGUGUGCUCUCAUUGAAGAUCUCCUCCCUCCAUCUUAUUUCUCCUCCACCCUGCUGGGCGUCCAAACAGACCAGAGGGUCCUCCGUCAGCUCAUCGUUCAGUACCUGCCAGCCCUCGACCGCCUCCUGCAGGAGCAUGACAUAGAGCUGUCUCUGAUCACACUGCACUGGUUCCUAACGUCAUUUGCGAGCGUGGUGGACAUCCGUCUGCUCCUCAGGAUCUGGGACCUUCUCUUCUAUCAGGGCUCACUGGUGCUCUUCCAGAUCACACUGGGCAUGCUCAAGAUCAAGGAGGAGGAGCUCGUGUCAUCAGAGAACUCUGCAUCCAUUUUCAACACCCUGUCAGACUUGCCAAGCCAGCUGAGAGAUGGGCCUGCAGUGCUCGGGGAGGCGAUGAGACUGGCGGGAUCUUUAUCACAGGAGACCCUGGAAGCUCACCGACACAAGCAUCUAGCCUACAUCCUAAAUGAACAGGCACAGCUCAGCAAUGGGAACAACGCAACUCUCAACAGCAAUCUCAACAAGGUGGUGAGAAGACAGUCUCUACGCAGGAAAUCAACCCUCACCUCUUUGCUGUUUGGAGAAGAUGAGGCAGAGGCCCUAAAGUCGAAGAAUAUAAAGCAGACAGAGCUGGUGGCAGCUCUGAGAGAAGCUAUUGCUCGCACUGCAGAGCAUUUCCACUGUUUGGACCCGCGUCACUCCAGCACUGAUCUAACGCCUGACUACUCCAUGGAGAGCCACCAGAGAGAUCACGAAAACUUUCUCGUGGUGUCUCGCAACCGGCGGAGACGAGCGAAGGCUCUGCUCGACUUUGAGCGACACGAUGACGAUGAGCUGGGCUUCAGGAAGAACGAUAUCAUCACUAUCAUCUCUCAGAAAGAUGAGCACUGCUGGGUUGGAGAGCUCAAUGGUCUUAGAGGCUGGUUUCCGGCUAAGUUUGUGGAGAUCUUAGAUGAAAGAAGCAAAGAGUAUUCACUAGCAGGCGACGACUCGGUGACAGAGGCGGUGACAGACCUGGCUCGAGGCACGCUGUGUCCCGCCCUGAAGGCAAUAUUUCAGCACGGUUUGAAGAAACCCUCUAUACUAGGAGGGCCAUGCCACCCCUGGUUAUUUAUAGAAGAGGCGGCUAGUCGAGAGGUAGAGAGGGACUUUAACUCGGUUUACUCCAGACUGGUGCUGUGUAAAACAUACAGGUUAGAUGAAGAUGGGAAAGUAUUGACCCCAGAGGAGCUGCUUUACAGAGCAGUGCAGUCAGUCAACAUGAGCCACGACACCGCACAUGCUCAGAUGGACGUCAAGUUUCGGUCUCUAGUCUGCGUUGGACUCAAUGAGCAGGUGCUCCACCUGUGGUUGGAAGUGUUGUGUUCAAGCAUGGCGGCAGUGGAGAAGUGGUAUCAUCCCUGGUCGUUCCUCCGCAGUCCUGGAUGGGUUCAGAUCAAGUGUGAGCUCAGGGUCUUAUCAAAGUUUGCCUUCAGCCUCUCCCAAGAUUGUGAGCUACCAAACAAGAAGGAGGAGAAGGAGCAGAGGCCGCUGAAAGAAGGAGUGCAGGACAUGCUGGUGAAACAUCACCUCUUCAGCUGGGACAUCGACGGCUGAACUGAAGAAAAAAGAGCUGAAAUCUCCCUGUCCUGAGUGUCUGUGUAUAUUUAGCGCCUCCUCACGUUUCCUAAAGACUGUCAGUUAUAAACAUGACUGUUGUCUGCUAAAGUAAAGGACUACUUUGUAGACAGCAGUCACAAAACCUUUAAGAUCAGACAGUGGUGACACCACUGUGUUUAGAAGCUGUUGCAUAUUUAAUUUAAAGUCCAUGCAGGAGGAUGCACUACAUGGCAGAGGAAAGCAAACACCCAGACCUGUCAGUGUCCUAACAGAAGCAUGUCCUCUGCCAUUCUGCUUUAAUGAGUGCAUUCAUUUCAGUGCAGGGUUGAGGUGUUUAAAUCUUCCUUUUGCAAAACAUCUGUAAAAAAUGUGGUAGCAGCAGGUCAUUGACACGUUUGUGUCUGAAAUCACAUGCUCACUCUGUACUCCUUAUUCCCCACAUAGGUAGUCCUCUAUACUGGACUAUCUAACUAACCUUUAUGGUGCAAUCUAAAUAAUUAUAUUCCAGACUAUCUCCACAGUGGUGUCAUAGCCAUUGCACAAUAAAAACAGCUGCAUCAGGGCUCAAAUUUAAUCUGGUGUGAAUUCAGACAAGUCAGGGCUUUCAGACGGCUUUUCUGAGUGCAAGAGAAUAGAGAGCUAGCAGUCAAACUUUCUGCUCAUUACGCUUUGAACCGUGAUGCAUGAUGGAAAAAAUUACCAGGACAGUGACACUUGAUUGUUCACUACUUUCAUAAUGCAUUAAAACAGGGCUGUCAAACUCAAUCACAGCAGGGCCCGGGUUCUGGAUUUAGGUCUAACCUAAGAGCCCAACAGGGUCAAAAUUUAACCAUAACCUUCAACCACAUUUUCACCAGUAAUAAAAUAUGAAAAAAAAAAAAAAAACUGCACUGAUGAUAAAUCAUUUGGAAAUUCAAAAAAGUAAAAAUGAUAAGUUUAAAGGCUCAAA